CUCGGACUCGAAGUCGCAGCAGAAGUAGGAGAAGGAGAAAGUCAGUUUGCAAGAAAAAGCGAUUUUUCGAGUCUGUUUGCUUGCUUGCAUACGGCCUUCGGGGGCUAGCUCGCGAUCAACUCCGAGAUCCGGUGGGCCACUACAACGCGUGACGCAUGCGUUCUGAUCGCACUACAUUGGAGCGUCACAGUACAGCCAGUCCGAUCGCUCAGCUCAGGAUCGCUGAAUCAACAAGUAGAGCAACAGCAAGACAACGUGUUGACUGGCUUUUUGAGACAGGCUGUAGUCCAUGGUAGUCUGAUCAAAUGAGGGAUCCGGUUUGAGUUUCUGCCGUGUCUUUGACGAGCUUUGCACUCGCCCUGUGUCGCGGCAUGCCUGUCUCUACGCCGGCACAACCACACCGGACUCCGGCAGGGCCCGCCAACGGAGUAGCUUACGGACAGCCCCGAGGUGACGAGCGAGCUUGCACGCCGCCGCCACCUAUUUGUGGUCCGUUUUCGUCGUCAUCUUCGUCGUCCUCGUCGACUACUAACGAUGCGGCGCAGGAGUUGCAGAAUCGACCUGAGAGUGCCCCACCGUCAUGCCAGCAAGCUGUGGAUCAGAGUGGUACUAACGGUCGAUCAGCUAGCCUAACACCAUCCUCGGAGCGCUACGUUUCCCGUCCGCCGCUACAUGACGACGGCGGGGAGGCCAUAUCGGGAAGAUCGUCCACUCGUCGGUCAAGUUUCCGACGCUUGAAGAAAGCGGGCUCGGUACUCCUACGCGGUAGAUCUACGCGUAGCAGUAGCAAAAUGUUCGCAUCAUCAGCUGACGACUCCAGCGUGCGCGCUAGUAGUAGUACUGGUGAUAGUGGUGGUGAUGGCUCUACUGCAGAUUGGCCGGCAACCGGCGCAGCGCAGUAUUCUCCUAUGAGGCAGCGUGCAACAACGAUGUCAGGUACCUUUCCUACCACUGCAUCGAGCGCUAAUGCUAUUGCUGCUAGCGGUGGACGAAAAAGCAGUCCGAGAGGAUCUGUGCUGUCCUCUUCGAGCAGCACAGUGAGCUCUCAGCACGGUUUGAGCUCGCCGAGAGCGGACCAGUUUCCUUCGUCACCGACCUCCAGCUCCCGAGUGGUCGACAUGGACGCUAUGUCAGCCGACACUAUGUCGCUGUCGUCGACCCAAUCGCCGUCGUCGUCUCGCGCUCGCAUACCGCAGGCCCCAGGCUUGGUGGGCAUUGCAAAUCACGGCAAUACCUGUUUCAUGAACGCCGUCGUGCAGUGUCUCAGCAACACAGAGCCGCUAUGUCGCUAUUUCACGCUCGACUCUUACAAACUAUCGCGCACGAAGCGCACCCAGCUACACCAGCAAAAACUUCGUCGCCACUCAAAGGCGGGCUCGGCUGUGGCAGCGUCGAAGGAGAGCCAAAGCGCCAGCGGACAGCUACGACCCGGAGCGGUUACCGACCGUUUAGCACUGCUGCUGAAGGCGAUGUGGAGUAACCAAUACGAAUCGAACGUGUCGCAAAGUUUCUGUCAGACUGUUGGUUUCGCCAACGAUCGCUAUCGCCUGCAGACGCAGCAAGACGCGCACGAGUUUCUCACUUGGCUGCUGAACACGAUGGAUGGAGAUUUGCAGGGAGAGCAGACGAAACGUCACUCUACGCUUAGCUUCGGGUCAAUGGUGAGACGCAAGAGCUUCAGUGCCAAGAGUGAACAACUGAAUACCAGUUACAUACAGAAUCUCUUCUUGGGUAUGUCAAUGUCGACGCUCAAGUGUACAUGUGGAUAUAUCAGUGCUUCACCGGAUCCAUUCAUGUGCCUCUCGCUCCCCUUGCCUGGAAAUCACGGUGUUCGUAAGGUGAUAGUUCAGGUGAUCUUCCGUAGUCACGCACGGCGGCCAUUGCAGAUAGGCCUGCUCGUGCCCAAGGUCGGGGAGAGCGACGAGACUGUCACCUCCGUUCUCAAGGAGGUCUGCGGGCGCACCAGCCUCCCGGCCAGUCACGUGCUGCUCUGCAGUAUCCGCCUGCACUCGUUUGGUAACUAUCACCUGCCCGGGGAGAGCGUCGACACGGUGCCAGAGUUGAUCUUCGCGUUUGAGACGCCCAGCUACGCAAGCACAGUUACCAGCAGCCAGCUGAUGUCCGUGUCCACUCACGCUAGCGAUCAGCCAGACGCUAGUCCAGGCAUACAUCGCGGUUCCGACACCGUCUUCUCCGGCAGCAGUUGCGGUGGCACACCACACCGCCCGUCGCUGACGGAUAUGGACGGCAGCGGCGCACACGGCACAGUGUUCCUUUCUUCAACACCCGAAGAGCAGGAGCGACGGCGCGGCAGUCAGUUCUCGGAAAGUAACCUCGUCACCCCGAACAGCAUCACGACUGGCGGCCGAUCGAAGGAGCUACUCUCCCCGCCGGAUGGAUACGCGAAUUCGCCAGCCAGGAGGUCCCAGUCGCAACGAUCGCACGACAGUCAUACACAGCAACAGCACAGACACGGCGGAAGUCCUCAGGGUGGCGGUACGGAACAGCACUUGCAUGGUCAGCACGGGCAGCAAGAGAUCCCAGUGUCCAACACGAGCAGUUAUGCCAACUUGCCCGCGGGUACCAGCGGCACACAAGACACGUGGCUAUCGGAGCUCACCAUCGAGGAGCAAGGACAGCGCUACGCCAACCUACCGCUGAGCGAGAUUGACCACUCGGAAACAGCCCCGGAUCUAGACGGCGCCAUGGACGAUGCAGCGAGUCCGCAGUUCCAUCACCGUGGAGAUAAGCUUCUAGAUCAAAAUGCUGACAAUCGCCAUGACAACCCAGAGCCUCCGGUUACCGUAGUGGUCCAGGGCAGUACGCCGAGGAACAGCAAGCAAAACUCGGCAAGUGAUGUGAGCGACGCGCUGAGUGGAGGCGGCGGUGGCAGUGCAAACGAUGCUGAAAACGACAGCGCCAUCGGCUCACUGUGCGACGGGGGACCGUCUCAGGCGACCACUCCGGGGGCAGCCACCAGCACGAUAGCGGCCACGACGGCCACCCUGGACGGUACGUAUGUGAAUAUGGCCAGCAGAACGCAUGCUGCGCUGGGGGCCGCAUCGUCGACGACAGCAGCAGCUGUGGAUGCACGCGGGGAUAUGGUGUACGUGAACAUGGCGCAAGGACAAGCGAACUCGGCGCGUGGGGACAAUGCUCGCACUCCGGACGUGAAAGGCGUGUACAAGCACACACCUCUGCACGCACAGGACAGCAGUGGUGGUGGCGCUGGUGGCGGUGGCGUCAGCAUCAUCGACGAUGGUCACGCCCCUCCUGUGUUGCCGCGUAGUCAGACGUCCCUCCCCGAGCGUCUGCAGCAACCGCGAAUGUCACAGGAGUCCACAGUGAGUGGCAUGUCUGGCUCUGGGUCGCCGAGUUUUGCGCGCAAGCGGCCUUCGAACGACGCAAACAUGGCAGAGUUCAUUGGCCUUGCUGGCGGUAAUGGCAACAGCGUUCCUAAGGAAUUACGUGACAACUCCCGGCUUAGUAUGGAAGCGAACUCGAUGUAUCGCCGACCGAUAAUGGCCAGUACGAGUAGCAACGAAACGUUCGUGCGUAACUCGCUGGUCAUUCAGGAGUCACUGCUGGUGCUGGUUCUGCUAGUGGAGGGCACGGCACACGAGGGUGCAAGAUUUGGUUCGCCGAUGGUUCUGCGUGUACGCCGUGACAUCAAGUAUGUACAUCUUCACAGCAUCAUAGUCAAGCACAUGCAGCGCUACCUGGACAAGCCAAUCUCCAAGAAGAUGCGGUCAACGUUGAUGUUCCGAUUGAGAGUACAAGGAGGUCAUCCUGGGCAGUCGUAUCUCUCACCUGAAGACCACACACCACUUUACAGCAAAACGGUUGACGUAGCGCUGCGCAGUCUGCCUACGGAUAUUCCACAGAAGCAUAUUCGCAUCAUCACCGAGUGGACGAAACAGACGAGAAGCAAGCUGUGUUUGUUAGCUGAAGAGAUGCCGGACGUUCAUGACAGUGUACGUGACGUGGAGGAUAGCAUGCUGAAGCAGUCGCGGUGCACUCUGUCUGACUGCCUUGCAAAGUACACACAACCAGAGCAGUUGUAUGGUGACUAUGCUUGGCACUGUCCAAGGUGUGACAAGGCUAGCAAUGGCUCAGUCAAGCGCCUCACCAUCACACAACUACCCAAAGUUCUCAUCGUCCAUGUCAAGAGAUUCCAACAUGUUGGCAAACACCACAUGAAGGCGGACACAUUCAUGGACUUCCCCGUUGACCUGCUGGACAUGCAGCCGUACACCGACAUGAAGUCAUCUCCCACGCCCAUGCCCAAGAGACCGCACUCGACCAAGCAGCAGCAGCGCUUCAUGGAUCGGCCGCCGUCGGUCCGCGCCACUGCCAUUCGCUACGUGAACAUCGAGGCGAUUGAAACCCACAGCGGCGUGCCGUCCACUAAGUACAAGCUGAUCGGGCUGGUGAAUCAUGUUGGCCAGUUGAACCGCGGUCACUACAUGGCUGUGUGUCGCAGUGUGCUCACCAACCACUGGUACUCGUACGACGACUCCAAGGUGGUGCCCACCGAACAGGACAAGCUGGUGACGCGCGACGCCUUCCUGCUCUUCUACCAGCGGCUGGAUCUGCUGCAGCCGGUGCACCCGCUCGACUGGAUCAAGCAGAUCGACGUGCAGGAUCUGGUCCGCGAGCAUGGACCUCGGCAACACCGCCAGCAGCAGCAGCAGCAGCAGCAGCAGCAGCAAGCUAGUGGUGCUGGUCAGCGGGGAUCGGCACCGCCGCCCAGCGCUGCCUCACCGUCCAGGCUCUCCAUGGCAUCGCAACACUCCACGGCAACCAAGGUCUCCGCGACGAUGUCCACAACCAGCCAAUCGGCCGGUGGCAGCUCUGUACAGCAUAUCGCCGAUGCUGGUGGUGAUGCUCUGGAUAUGGCGGCGGCCAGUGUCUCCCUACCCGUCUCGCCUCUAGUCUCGUCCGCAGCAUCACCGUCACCCUCCACGACGAGAUUACAGGAGCGUCGGCGUCAUCUUGUGCACACCGAAACGGCACUGUGAUAUGCAGUGCAGUCAAGCGUAGCCACUGUCGGAAAAGCAAGGCAGGUUGGAGGUUGGGGAUCAGUGGGGGGUGGCUCUGGCUUGUGUGCGUGUGUGGACGUGUGCUGGUCUUUAUGGUGCAGUGCGGUGCGGCAAUGUCGCUUCAGUGCACUCACGGCGGCAGUUAUCGUCUGAUCACAAAGUCUCUCAGAGCAGCAGCAUUGCCUGUACGUUUACAGUGGGCCAUCACGCUGUGUGUGAUGUGAGCCAUGCAAUGCGUGUGUGAUGUGAGCCAUGCAAUGCGUGUGUGAUGUGAGCCAUGCAAUGCGUGUGUGAUGUGAGCCAUGCAAUGCGUG